UCCGCGCUGCGAGAGGCGCGGGGCGCGGGGGCCCGGGCCAGCUGUUCCCACCCGGGGACGCUCUUGAGGAGCCGAGCCCGGCAAAUGGGCGCACGAGGAAGAGAGCAGGGAAAUGGACUGCUAUUUGCGCCGCCUCAAACAGGAGCUGAUGUCCAUGAAGGAGGUGGGUGAUGGCCUCCAGGAUCAGAUGAACAGCAUGAUGGGGGCACUGCAAGAACUGAAGCUUCUCCAGGUGCAGGCGGCACUGGAACAGCUGGAGAUCUCCGGAGGGAGUCCGGCCCGGGGCUGCGCGGAAAGUCCCCGGACGCAGCCCGAGCCCCCUCCAUGGGAGGGUGGCAGAGGACCUGCCAGGCCUUCAGCCUGCUCCCCUUCCAACCAACCUCCUCUGGGCGCCAAGUGUACAUCCCAGAGGAGUGUCUGCGGGCGGGAUCCGGACCCCCUGGCCAGGGCACAGCUACCAGAGCACCGAAGCGGGGCCCGGCCGGGGCGAGAGCCGGUGGAACCGGAAGACUGGACCUCCACGUUGAUGUCCCGGGGCCGCAACCGCCAACCUCUGGUGCUAGGCGACAACGUUUUUGCGGACCUCGUGGGCAACUGGCUGGACUUGCCAGAACUGGAGAAGGGUGGGGAGAAAGGAGAGGCAGGGGAACCCAAAGGGGAGAAGGGCCCGUCCCGGGAGCUGGGCCGCAGGUUUGCCCUCACGGCAAACAUCUUUAGGAAGUUCUUGCGCAGUGUGCGGCCCGACCGAGACAGGCUGCUGAAGGAGAAGCCAGGCUGGGUGACGCCCACGGCCUCGGAGCCCAGGGCCGCCCGCUCACACAAGGUCAAGAAGCGGAGCCAUUCCAAGGGCUCUGGACGUUUCCCCUUCCCGGGCCCUGCAGAGCCCAGAAGGGGGGAAAGUCCUUCCACAAGCUGCCCCAAGGCCCUGGAACCCUCACCUUCUGGCUUUGAUAUUAACACAGCUGUUUGGGUCUGAGUCCUAGAGACAGAAAGUUGACUGAACCCAAAAGGUCCAGGUGUCGGUGCUGGGCCCUGGGAAGAUGCCAUGUGGGCACUGUGGCCUUCGAAAGCCUGACUCCGAGUUCCUUUCCUCGAGAAAGGAGGGAGAAGCAGCAGGAGUGUCUGGAGUAGGGCUGACAGGUGUGUGGCUGAGAGAGGCCGUGGUGGGGGCUGGCUGGUGGGAGGGGAGGGCUCCCAGACUGAAAGAGAGACAGAGAGAGAGAGACAAGUGCUCACUUUGGGGCUGCGGGUGACAAUGACCAGCAGGGAGAGGAGACCAGGCAAUCCUGACAUUCCUUCAGGGCCCCCAAAGACCUCAGCGGAACAUUCUGUAUGGAUCAGGGCACUGGGGUCUCAGGUUUUCCCAAAGAGGCCCCCAAUAAAGACCUAUCUUUUGUGGUCUCAACCUUAUAACCAUUGGCUUCCUUGGCGAAGCACUGCACCAGGUACAGGCAUGAAAUCCAGGCCCUCCUGGGACUGGGAUCAACAGAGAGGAACUUUCCACCCCCACCCCUGUUGCCUUUAAGAUUUCAGCCCAUUCAGCCGGGUCCUGACAAAUGGGCCGAAUAAGGAGUGUACCUACAGGAGGGCUUGAGAUAGCCCCAUGUUUUUUCAAAAGCACAGGAAAGAUACUGCUAAACCACUUUAAAUGUUGGAAAGCCUUUUCAUAUCCACUAUUUCCUUCGGAGUAAGCAAGGAGGGCAGUUAUUAUCCCAUUUUCCAGGGAAGGCAGCCAGCCUAGAUAUGCCGCCUGCGGGCAGGAGGCAGGCCAGUGCAGGGCUGGCGGGAAGGGCAGCCGCUGGGCGUUGGAGUCACACGCGCUCCUUCCCCAGCACCCCUCCUCCAGCACCGAACCCGCGCUUGGACACAGCCCACGGAGGCCCCCCAGCAAGGCGAAGGUGCGCCCCUUCGAAUCGCGCCCCUAUUUUUGGAUUCCCAGCCUCACCCCCGCGGCCUCCCUCCGUCUUGGACGCGGAGGCCCCCGUCUCGCCGGACCA